AGGCCACGCCCCCGCAUAGGCCCGCGGUGGUGGUGGUGGUGGUGGGGGCGCGCACGGCGGGGCUCGGCGCCGUGUAGGGCUGCGGGGCCGCGGGGCCGCGCUCCUCCGCGCGAGGGUGGGCUCCGCGCGCCGCCUUCCUCCGGAAGCCUGCGCUCCAGCCCUGGAUCUCCCGAGCCGGCCCCGAGGCACAGGGCGAAGGUGGAGCGGCUGACGUGGGCGCGUCUCGGAGGCUGUGGGCGGGUUUGGCCCGGCUGUAGAGAGCCAGCCGUUCCUCCUUUGGAGCCGUCUCUCCCACUAAACUUUCCUUGAAGUGAGAGAGGGUGGACGCCAGUUCACCAGUGCGGAAGGACCCCGGACUGUCCCUAAGGCCUGUUGCUUGUCGUGUUGGGAAGUGGCUCCGUUGAGGGCGUCUCAGAACAAUGCUAUAAUAAACAUUCUUCUGCCUGGACCUUGAUGCAAAGGUAUUGGCGUUUUCAAGACACCAAGACACAAGAUACAUGCUUUGGAGUCGUAGGAGAAUUGUGGAUUCAAAAGACCUGUAAUGGCCAAAUACUACAGUGAAGUCCCAAGUUUGCAGCAAGAUGAUUCCCUUAUAGAAGGAGUAAGUGACCAAGUACUUGUGGCCGUGGUGGUCAGUUUCACUUUGAUUGCUACUCUCCUGUAUGCACUUUUCAGAAAUGUACAGCACAACAUUCAUCCAGAAAACCAAGAACUAGUCAGGGUGCUUCGAGAGCAACUUCAAACAGAACAGGAUGUCCCUGCUCCUGCUCGACAGCAGUUCUACACUGAAAUGUACUGUCCAAUCUGCUUACAUCAGGCCUCCUUUCCUGUUGAAACAAACUGUGGACAUCUUUUUUGUGGUUCCUGCAUAAUUGCAUACUGGCGAUAUGGGUCCUGGCUUGGUGCAAUCAGUUGUCCAAUCUGUAGACAAACGGUAACUCUACUCCUAACAGUAUUUGGUGAAGAUGAUCAAUCUCAGGAUGUUGUAAGAUUGCGUCAAGAUGUUAAUGAUUAUAACCGGAGAUUCUCAGGGCAGCCUAGAUCUAUUAUGGAAAGAAUCAUGGAUCUCCCCACCUUGCUGAGACAUGCAUUCAGGGAAGUGUUUUCAGUUGGGGGUCUCUUCUGGAUGUUCCGAAUUAGGAUAAUGCUUUGUUUAAUGGGAGCUUUUUUCUAUCUAAUAUCGCCUCUAGAUUUUGUACCUGAAGCCUUGUUUGGAAUUCUGGGCUUUCUAGAUGACUUCUUUGUUAUCUUUUUGUUGCUUAUCUACAUCUCUAUUAUGUACCGAGAAGUGAUAACCCAAAGACUAGCUAGAUGAGAAAAAUUAGUUUACUAGACUAUCCGAGCUUAUAUUUAAAAAUCCAACAAAAAGAUCCAUGGCAAUACCAGUCACCCAACUAUUAUUUUACAAGCUUAAAGCUUUUGGUUAUCAUUUGACAAAUGCCUAACAAUAUACAACUGGAAUUUUUACAUAAUGCAAGUUCUAAUGUUAAGAUCAGAUUAUAGUGAUCUACAGCUUUAUCUCAAUUCUGUGUAUCUGUAAAAAAAUAUGGAACCAAUUGAAAAAGGAUACUUUGUUGUUUUCUUUUUCUCCAAAUUACUUAGCUUAAUUAGAUACAUAGUCCAAUAUUGCUAAAUGUACAAAUCAUCAUCCUCAGUGGGUACCCAUACAUUAAUAGAGGACUUUGAAACUUAUUUAAAUAUUUUUGCUAAAGUCAAAUAUUGUAUGAUACUAGGGAAAAGCCAGUGUCUCAGUGUUUUCUAUGCUUUGUGGACCUGGAGCAGCUCUGCUUUUUCAUUUUUGUCUAAUUCUUUGUGAUCAGCUGAAAAUGAAAGAAACUUGAACUUCAUGUAUUUCAGUGUAUGGAACACUGUAAUCAAUAAGAGAAUUAACAAAGUGAAAAACAGUGCAUCUCCUGGAGGCACUUUUGACAUUCAGUUAUGACAUUUAACCAAGAGUUGGCCUUUUUAUAGAAACAAAUAUUAAAGUAACUUGUAGCUAGUUGCAGUGGCUUUAUACUUGUAAUUUCUGCAUUCAGGAAGCUGAGAUAGGAGAUUGCCAAAAGUUCAAGGUCUGCCUAGGCUAUAUGAUGAGUUCCAGAUCAACUUGAGCUUUAGAGUAAUGUCCUGCUCAAACCAAAAGCAAGGCUGUGGGUAAAGGUGCUUGCUGUCAAGCUUGACAACCCAGGUUCAAACCCUGGGUCUCACAUAGUGGAAGUAGAGAACAGAUUCUACAAGUUGUCUCUGACCUUCACAUGUGCACUGUGGCCCAUGUGUGCGCACACACAUAAAGUAAAUAAAUUGCAAUCAAAAAGAAAACAUAAAAGCAGCUUGUAAAGGGAACUUAUUUGUUUUAGGAACCUAAGUAAUAUUGCAAACACUUAGAAGUUGGACACAUUUUUGAGGAAACAGGAUCUUCACUUCUGUUGGUGUUAGGGGAUUUGGGAAGGUAGUAAGAACGGUGUUUAUAUUUUACAAAGUAUGAGUUAACUCUUGCAGCAAAAUGAAGACAUUUGAUUAGUUGUCUGCUGCCCUGAAAAUGCAAAUACUAUCUUGUAGGUGGCACUAUUUGGCUCAGAUUCAUCAUGUCUUGGGCAGAAUGAGGAAAUGUGUAGGAGAUGGCUAUGUGGUGAAGUUCCUUGUUUUGUGAUGCUCGUGACACAGAAUGUAGGGCCUGUGGUUCUCUGUUUGAGAAGAGUGAGUACCCUAAGCGUGAGAUCCUUACUCCAGCUAAUAGGAGUGUUUAAGAUGAUGCCCAGAGGUCAUCUGAAAUUAUUGUCGUCAUAGUCAGCAUCAGUGUGUGUAUUUAGGGACAGGACAUAAAGCUAAAAUCUGUC